AUGCCUGGGAUGGAGAAUGUCACCAAUCUCGGUCUACGAGUGGAGAAAUUCAAGAAGAAUUUCCUCAAGCACUUCCAAGCCAAUUUCCCAACCUUGUAUGCAAUUUGCCUCGAUCCGAUAGGCACUCAUAAGAAGUCGCGUGCGUUCAUCGGUUUUUUGCUUGGACUGUUUUUCGGCAUUCUUCUAUACGAAUGCAUUAUUAUCGAUCUACAAUUCGACCCGUAUACGAGCGUGUGUCUCGGUGGUAUCGUAAUUACAAUGCUCUCGAUUGGAUGUGCUAUGUCGAUUCAGGUGAGAUGCAUUUGCAUUCUAACGAUACCAACGUUCUUUGGCCGAGCAGGUCGAAGUAUGCUGAGAGCACUGAUCCUUGGAUACAUAAUUGCCGGGCCAUUGUUCAAUUUAGUAUAUAAUGCCAAAGAAGUAGUGAGAACGUUCGGUUGUACCACUCAGCUGACAUACAAUCUGACCAAGACACGAUUCGACUUAAUGUUCAAACCAUUCCAACAGGCAAUUCUUGCCAUGAAAGCGGAUGCAAGCGAGAUAAAAGAGACCCUGUCUUCGGUGAGGGAUCUGAUGAGCCCGAUCGUCGAAGAAGUGGAGGGGGAGAAUGAAAUGUUACGAUUGAAAGAGGAAAACGAUUACCUGGACGAAUUGCAAGGUGACACGAAGAGGAGCAAGGAAAUCGAAGAGAAGCACGAGAUGAAAGCUGAAGAAGCCAAAUCGGACGCGGACGCGUACGAAGCGAAAUAUAGGAAGAAGAUCGAAGCUCGAUGCGAGGAGCAACUUAGUCGCGGUGCUGGAAGAUGCAGGGACAUGUUCGGCAAUGCUUACGACAAGUGUUACGAAGCAGUGACGAUAUUCGUUGCUUGGCUCCUGUGUUGGCCGAUGAAGCUGACUUUCGUUUGUAAUCUGGUUCAAGCACUGGGUGGUUCUAGCAUCUGUGAUCCUGAAGGGAAGGUCGAUAGUGGCAUCGGCGAAGGAUACGUCGCACUGAAAAGUGCGCGGGACGAAUUCAGCAGGAGCAUGAAGGACGCGAAGCUGCAGUACAAACUGAAGAAGCCCACGGUGAUUUUGGAUCUGCAGGACUCGGAGUACGCAGCAAAGGCAGUGAUACACGAAUUCGCUGUACGAAGGAGGCUUUUCGAGUCGGUGAUGACCAUCGUGAAAAGAUGCCUGUCCUUUGUGUUUCUGAAAAUUAUCCUCAACGCUCAGACCUACCACGACAAAUAUUUAACUGACAUCGAGUACGAUAAUAUGUACGUGACGCCAUAUUUUCGGAAAAUAGACGCGAGAAGGAAAGCACGCGGCAGCACGACCCUGCUACCGUUGAAGAAAACAGAACAGAUGAAGUUCGUCGAUCCGUAUGCCGUGAAACCGAGCAAAGCGGAAAGAUUUCAUUUGACUGGGCAGACAGUUAAGUUGCUCCUCGAACUCAUCACUGCCACAGUGUUCGUCAUUUUGGAUUGGUUGUUCUACGAAGCGUUGGAUUUAAUUAGGAGGCACGCUUACAUGGAGUACACUCAGGCAGGCCUGCACGACCUAACUCUCGAGAUCCGCGGCACGGGAGUGAUCGCUUCACUGAUCAGAAGCGCGAUCCGCGGUUUCAACGUGAAGAAACGGAUCAAAACUGUGGUUUCGAACAGCGCGUGUCUGCCGCGGCCCGCGAAACUGCCCACUUACGUAAUCGUCAAGAUUUACGGUACCUUCUUGACCAUUUUCCUCCUCAUCUUCCUGUCGGUGUACACCGAGCGACUACGCCGUGGCAUCUGCUCGUUCUUUUAUCGAAGAAGGGAGAAGAGACGGGUGUUGUACCUGUACAACGAGAGCCUACGACGUAGGCUGUCGUACGCCAAGUUCAUCAAGGCCAAGGUGAAGAACAUGGUGAGGACGCGUCAUCUGGAGAACGAGGUGAAUUUCUGGCUGGCUGUGAGGCUCAAGUGGCCAGAUCGUUUCGGCUGGCUGAGGUUCUUCGCCUGCGCCAGAGAUAGGUGUUUGAUUUGCGGCGACACGGAGCCUAGAAAAGGGCCAAAGUAUCGUGCUUGCACCACGCCUGCCUGCCAUUUCUUGCACUGUGCCGAAUGUUGGCGAGACGUGGGCAGGGUUUGCUACGCCUGCACGGAAUUCUCGGACACCGAGACGGAGGAAUACGACACCCAACGCAGUGAUUUUUAAUUCGGUUUAGCUCGGCGAAAUGUCUCGCUGAAGUAUCGUGAAUUUCUAUCGACAAUUCCGAUCACGAAAGAAUUUGGAAACGGUAUAAAUCAUUCGAAAUAGAAUGGUACGGAUGCUUCCGUAACCUGUAAUUAAAAAACCUGUAAUUAAAGUUGUGCAAUCGUAGUAAUUAUUAUUCGGCGGCAAUUGCAAGACACUUAUGUGAAAAUAGUAAUUAAUAGGUUUAAGUGUUGUAUGGAUAUCUUAAUCGCGGCGUUCUUCAAU